GCUCAUUUCAACAUAUGCGGAUCAUGACGCAAGUUACUACUUUCACUUAUUUACAGGUACUAUUUCUAGUGUUUUGUAAAAAGUUUAACGUUUGAUCAUUGUCGUCCAGCUGAUAGAAAAACUAUAAGUUUACUCUAUAAAGCAAAUCAAUAAUCUGACUUGUAAAGUUAAUGUUAAACUCAUAAUUUUUAAACGUGAACGGUAUAAAAUAGAUUAUUCUGCGUAGGCUUACCAUUCCAAUAAAUAGAGGUAAUUUUUGUUGACAUGAUUGUUGCGGGCAUCGUUUCCACCUUCAGAGUUUUCUCCCAGCACUUCCAUUCUCAGGUUUUAGGAUUUUUUGGACAAAUGUAAGAAACCUAAGGUCCUGGUCGUGUUUCUGCCAAGCCACAAAAAUUUUUAUGUUUUACUAAGAAAAAAAUGUUUACGCAACUAUUGGAAGAAAUGGAACAGCAGUUAAAUAUGAAAGCGUAAGAUUGGGAUUUCUGUUUUGUUGACCAACAAAUUAAGCGGGGAAAAAUGACGAUUUCUUAUUUUUGGGGUGAUCAGGCCUUUGGAAAACAAGGAAAGCAAUAGCGGCAUUUCUCAGGGAAAAGAGGAAGAGAACAAAGCCGAAGAAAACUCCUCCGUCGCCAAACCUGGUUAAGAUGGUACCGGAGCUGUUGAUUUUGAUCUGGCGUUGGAUUACGAAGAAAUGGAUGCACCUCAUUCUGACAAUGAAGGAGAAAUUAAAGAAGAUAUUGCGACUGCUAAAAAUGAACAACUUCCGCUAGCCAAGCCCAAAGAUAACGGUGCCGAAUCGUCUGAUGAUAGUUCAGGUGAAAGGCUAGGAUCAAACACAUUGGAAAAGUUGCGUGGUAGGAGUCGCUCGGAGUUGCCUAGCCCUGAAAGUGAGGACAUAGCGCGGAGGCGAGAUUCUCGAAAAGGACAGCAGUUUCCCGUCACAGGUCUGAGUAGUUUAGCUAAGACUUACGCUGACGAAGAAGCCGUAGGAGCAGUAGAAAACAGUAAACCGCCAGCCAAUCAGACAACUUAGGUCGAAGAAAAAAUUGCAGCGGAGAUUGUUUUGGCACCUCAGACGAAAGACAACAGUCAUCACGCCCAAGAAGGCGCAGCCAAGGAAGCGGUAGAAAAGGACAAAGACAGCGACAACCAUUCCAGCAAAUAUAAACAGACGGUGAAUAACACUUUUUGUUUGCCUCAAUUGCUUAUCUUGUUUUGCCACACAAUCAAAAACAAACUGACAAUUUAAAAAUCAGCAAGAUUUUAUACAAUUUCUUUGUGGGUAUUUUACCGUCGAAAACUUUGAAGUUACUUGACCCUGAAGUCAAAUAAUACACUGAUGAACAAGGA